GGAGAGUGAAGCGUCGCUCCCGUCGUGGCUCCGCCCCGAGCGACGGAGGCGGAAAGCGGGAGCGGGGGGGCGGGGCGCGGGCACCGGCCAAUGAGAGGGGCGACGCCGCAGGGCGGAGAGGCGGUGCCGAAGCUGCGGCCACCAUGGAGAAUUUCACGGCGCUGUUCGGGAGCCAAGGGGAGCCGCCGCCCCCCGCCGCGCUGGGCUUUGGCCCCGGGAAACCGCCGCCGCCGCCGCCCCCUCCCCCGGGCGCGGGCGCAGGCACCGGCCCCGCGCCGGCCGCCGCCCCCAACCCGCCCGGGCCCGACAAGAGCGGGGCCGGCGGCGGCGGACCCUUCUACCUGAUGCGGGAACUGCCCGGCAGCGGCGAGCUGACGGGCAGCACCAACCUGAUCACGCACUACAACCUGGAACACGCCUACAACAAGUUCUGCGGGAAGAAGGUGAAGGAGAAGCUCAGCAACUUCCUGCCGGACCUGCCCGGCAUGAUCGACCUGCCCGGCUCCCACGACAACAGCAGCCUCCGCUCCCUCAUCGAGAAGCCGCCCAUCUGCGGCAGCUCCUUCAACCCCAUCACGGGCACCAUGCUGACGGGCUUCCGCCUCCACGCCGGCCCGCUCCCCGAGCAGUGCCGUCUGAUGCACAUCCAGCCCCCAAAGAAGAAGAACAAACACAAACACAAGCAGAGCCGCACCCAGGACCCCGUCCCCCCGGAAACGCCUUCGGACUCCGACCAUAAAAAGAAGAAAAAGAAGAAGGAGGAGGAUCCCGAGCGGAAGCGGAAGAAGAAAGAGAAGAAGAAAAAGAAGAACCGGCACAGCCCCGAGCACCCGGGCGUGGGCGGCUCCCAAGCCAGCAGCAGCAGCAGCAGCCUCCGCUAGCCGGACCCCCCUACGCCGGACCCCCGGACCGCCCACCCGCAGGACUGCUCCCCCCGCGCCCGAGAGACUCUCUCCGCCCGGCCGACCUCGCCGCGCGAGGGACGGGAAUAGCCCCGGAGGGUCUCGGACACGGCAGUGCCGCCGAGCGCCGUGACCGCGAUGGCGGUCGGCCGCCUUCCUCCUCUUCCUCCGAGAUUGGAGAAGAUCGAGCGUGCGCGGCGUCUUCCUCCUCCCCUACCCCGGUCUCUCUUGUACAGUUUUUGCCUGUUACCGUUCCGUCUGGUCUGUUCGUAGCUUGUUUUUGACUUUUUAAAAAAAAUCACCUCACACCUA